AUGUGGUGGUCCGGAAAUGGUUCCAGCAGCCACCUCCACAUCAGCGGUUAUUAUGCCACAAUUCUGAAAAUCUUUGCCAAGCAGUACAAUGCCACACUGGACUGGAUCAUCAACUCCCACAAGGAGUACUACAAUGAACUGGACUGCCUGCACUAUAUAAGGUCCAAUCGCACCGAUGUCUGUGCCGAUGCCAUGAUAAUGGGUCCCAAUUAUAUUGUCACCCAGCCGGAAGAGAUAACCAACAGCUAUCUCAUUGUUCCGCAGGAUACAGCCAUGGAUCGUUUUUAUUAUUUCAUUAAACCCUUCCAGCCGGAGGUGUGGCUCUGGGGUGAAUUUACGAUGUGCUAUGUCAGCCUCAUGUUGUCUCUGAUAAAUCAUCUGCAGGGUGGGGUAUGGGAUUUCCCCCAGAAUUAUUUAAACUCCAUGAUGGCAGCAGCGAACCUACCCUUCCAGCUGACAAAGAUCCAAGGUUGGCGUCGAAGAUUUUUGGAAAUUUUCAUGUUCCUCUGUGGCUUCGUCCUGGCCAAUUGGUAUUUAUCGCUGCUCUCCAGUUUAUUGUCCAGUCGCCUCUAUGACAACUACAUCACCUCCCUCGAGGACCUGGUGGAACACAACAUCUCGAUUAUCAUCAGUGAAUAUGAAUAUAUUUUCCUCAACAGCACCGAUAUCUCCCCCCUGCUCAGCCAACAGCUGAGGAUAGUGGACAAUGCAUUCCUUUCCGCAUCCCGUCGUAACCUCACAGCCCGCUAUGCCUAUUACAGCCAAUAUGAUAAAAAUUAUUUCUAUCUAAGGCAGCAGAUCUACAUGGAAAAACCCCGGAUGAAGGAGCUCGUGGAAUAUCCAAUAAAUCCGGUUUAUGGUGGCAUUCCACUGCGUCCCAAUUGGCCUUUGGAGGGCAAGCUGAACACGCUGAUGGGUUAUAUGCUGGAAAGUGGGGUAUUUAUAAGAAUCCUGGAGGACACAUUUUAUGAUGCCAUACGUAUUGGGCACUUGAAAUAUUUUCCCAUGGAUCGCGAUGCGGUGGAACCACUAAGUUUGGAAUAUUUCAGAAUGCCAGGUACUUUGCUGGUGGUGGGGUAUACAAUGG